CUUCAAGUUUAGGAAAGGAAGCACCGGAGCAGGCGAUACGGCGCCGACGACAAUGGCAGCAACAAGGGCUUCCCCAGUGCUUCUCUUGCUGCUCACCGUCCAGCUCAGCUUGCUCUUCCGCCUCCCCGACUCCCCCUCCACCCUCGCCCUCGCCCUCGCCGCGGAACCAGAGCAACAGAACGCCAAGCAGCAUCGCCAGCCCGCGCUGCUGGUGCAGUCGACGUGCAACUCCACCAGCUUCUACGACCUCUGCAUCGCCGCGCUCGCCGCCGACCCCGCCAGCUCCACCGCCGACGUCCCGGGCCUCGGCGCCAUCGCCGUGUCCGCCGCCGCAAACAACGCCUCCGGCACGGCCGCCUUCCUCGGCAACGCCAGCGACGCCGCGGCCACCCCGCAGGCGGACCGCGCGCUCCUCCGCGCCUGCGCCGGCAAGUACGCCGCCGCCCGCGACGCGCUCGUGCAGGCGCGCGCGUCCCUCGCCGAGCAGGCCUACGACUACGCCUUCGUGCACGUGAGCGCCGCCGGCGAGUACCCCGCGGUGUGCCGCACGCUGUUCCGGCGCCGGCAGCAGCAGCAGCGUGGGGCGAGUAGGUCUGCGUACCCGGCGGAGCUGGCCAAGAGGGAGGAGGCGCUGCGGCGCCUGUGCACCAUCGCCCUCGACAUCAUCUCCCUGCUGCAAAACCAGGAGACCUACUAGCUCCAUGCAUCUCAAUUCUCAACUCUCACAGAAAUGCAGUUGUCAGUCGGUUAGUCGAUCUUGUUGAUGCACAAGAGUAGUAAAAUGGACCGGAGCAAUGAACAUUGAUCAAGCAUGCAUGGAUGCCCGUACAAUGUAGUGCCGACACCAAUACGAUCGACAUGAAUAGUCCGCGGAAUGAAAAAGGUUGCUCACGGACUUUUGUUUGCGGACGGGCAUUAGC